ACAGCAUGAUGAGGGCGUGUCCUUACCGUAUGUGAGGAAGUACAGUACUGACAUUUACUGCACUUUACACAGUCAGGUUGGAUUAUAUGUAUAGUGUUCAAACUAAAUGUAUCACCCGACUCUAACUUUACUCACGCUUAAUAUCGGGGGUCAUUAUGGCGGUGUUUGACAACUGUAACGUGCUGUUAGAUGUGAAGACUUUGCCUUUUAAAGAGAAGAAGAAGCUGAGGUCAGCACUUCUGGAUAAUGGAGGAAACAUCACUUAUGUGGUCAACAAACAGUGCUCUUUUGUGGUGACCAGCAGUGUGGAUGAUCUGAGCAGUAACAGACAGAAGAGCAUUCACAAGCUUCAGAUCCCUGUGGUUGGGAUGCAGUAUGUAUGGAGUUGUCUGGAUAAAGGUCAUCUCCUGCCUUUUGCAGAGCAUGUUUUGACCCCACAGCUGACAGACCCCAGUUCUGAACACAGCUCCCUACGUAAUCCAGAGUUAAAAGUGUUGACUCAGAUACCAGUAAAAGGGAGCGUCAUAAGUCAAACUCGGACUGAGAUUUUGGAGAAGGGUGGACCCCAUCCCGAGAAGUUUAGAAUUUACAAAGGUGAUCAGGAUCUGCCUGAAUUCCCUUCACAUUUUCAAGUGGCCAAGUAUUCCUUUUUUAAAAAGAAUAACUCGAAGACUUUAUCAGUUUUGGAGCUACAGAGUGCCAAAGGAAGAGCUGGUCAACAGUAUCGCGUCUUGUGUUCAAUCUUGCAUGAAUCAGAGAAGAAAGUGGUAUGGGACAAGCUUGUGUACUGCAGCACCUCUGAAGAUGCUCUGGAAGCGUAUGUGAUGCUGAUGAAAGAAGAGAAAGAUAAAGGAUUCACACAGAUUUUUACACUUCCCCCUGAGGCUGAGCGCUUGGCAUCCUACAGCUUAAAACAGCUCCUUUUGGAGGAGAAGCUGAACUGCAGCACACUAUCACAGGAAGUGGGCGUCUUCGUGGAGCUGGUUUGGACCGAAGCUCUUGGUUCCCUUAGUAAAAUCCUCACGGCCCCUGUUUCCAGGAUCAGCCUUAAUGAUGUGAGCAGGGUGGAGGGAUUGCUGCUGCAGGCACAAAAGACUCAAGAUGAGGAGAAAGUCAAGACCCUGCUAGAGGAGGUCAACACUCUUUUACCCCUUCAAAUAGCCGACCCUCCUUCCAAACACAAGCUUGUGUCUCAGAAACUAGACCUUUGUCAGCUGAUCAGAGAUAUUCUGAAUGUGAGUGAGGCCACUAUGAGAAGCCCCUUGCCCUCCUCUUUGGGAAAGUAUCGUGCCCUGAGGUGCAGCAUUGAUGUGGUCCCAUCAGAAAACCCUGAGUUUAAUGUUAUCUCUCAAAUGCUUCAAGACAAGCCUAUUCAGAUUAGGCAGAUUUUACGUGUAAGCAGGGGGGUGGAGCUUCAGAUGUUUAGGGAGGAGCUUGGCAACAUUAAGCCCCUACUCCACUCGACUGGCACCAACAGUUUUGUUGGAAUACUUUCACAAGGUUUGCUGCUGCCCAGGGUCGGAGUGGAACAACACGGAAUUGAGAGGACAGAUAUCGGGAAUCUUGGAGGAGGCAUCUACUUCAGUGAUUCUCUGAUGACUAGCAUGAAAUACUCCAAGCCCAGCGUAGCCGAUGGCUCUCGACUGCUGUUGGUGUGUGACGUGGCUCUGGGCCAGUGCAAGAACCUGCUGAAAAGAGACACCACUUUGACCUGCGCCCCCGAGGGCUAUCACAGUGUACAUGGAGUCCGCCGAACUCCAAAAACUACCUCAGAGUUUCAGGAUGAUGAGUAUGUUGUAUAUAACACAGAUCAGAUCAAACUCAAGUAUGUAGUGCAGUACACUUUAGAGGAGGACCAGCUGACAGAGUUUCAUCCUCAAAUCAACACUUCUGAGGAGCUCACACAGCCCACCGAAAGAAUCUUGCCCAUUGAUGACAGUGAAGGUCUGGAGUCCACUAAGAAUCCUCUAGAGGAGAUGACCGCAGGUCUCCUGGACAGCAGUGGCAAGACACUUCCUCUGAAGGCUGUCCAUGUGAGGUGCAAAUUAAUGGACUUACUUUGUCAGGUCAUCAUUUUUCAGACUUACACAAACCAGAGUGAAGUUCCCAUUGAAGCAAAAUACGUCUUUCCACUGGAGGAAACAGCAGCGGUGUGUGGAUUUGAGGCCUUUAUCAAUGGAAAGCAUGUCAUUGGAAAGGUAAAGGAAAAAGAACAGGCUCGUAAAGAAUACAGACAAGCAAUAGAGAAGGGCCAUGGAGCGUAUCUAAUGGACCAGGAUGCACCUGAUGUAUUUACUAUCAGCGUUGGGAACCUUCCUCCAGGAGCCACAGUUUUGAUCAAGGUGACCUUCAUCACUGAGCUGGUUGUGAGAGGAGGCUCCAUCAUCUUCUCUCUGCCCGGCAGUGUAGCACCGUGGCAGCAGAGCGCCGCUCUCAAUCAGAAAACUCAGGGAACUGUUGAGAAGAUCUCUGUGACAGAGCUUCAGUCAGAGGGGGAGUUCUCUCUGUGUAUGUCCAUUGAAAUGCCUUAUGAGAUCAUCAACUUAGAGUCUUCACACCUCAUCAAAAUCAAGAGGACAGACUGUAAGGCUGUGAUCAGUACUUUGCCAGGACAAACUCUUGGAUCUGAUGGGCUCCAGGUGACCUUCAGUCUUUCUAAGAUCCACAUGCCCAGAAUGUGGGUGGAGAAGCAUCCAGACAAAGAGAGUCAGGCCUGCAUGUUGGUGUUUUAUCCAGACUUUAAGUCCAACUCUGAAGGUCCAUCCAGUGUGAGUGAUGUCAUCAUCCUGUUGGACACCUCAGAAUCAAUGCGGGGAGACGCCAUACUAAACGCUCGCAGGAUUGCUCUUCAAGUCCUUAACUCUUUAGACCGCUCACUAAAGAUCAACAUCAUCUCUUUUGGCACUGAUUACAAGGAAGCGUUUCCUGCACCAGUGCUCUUAAAUGAAACCUUUGAAUCAGCCAGAAAAUUAAUUAUGUCGUGUAAUGAAACGGGUGGCAGCACUGAGUUGUGGAGGCCUCUCCGUAGCCUGAGCCUGAUACCUCCAUCACAUGGCAUGAGAAACAUCCUGCUGAUCUCUGAUGGACACGUACAGAACCAGGCGCUGACUCUUCAGCUGGUCCGAGAAAACUCCUGCCACACGCGAGUCUUCACCUGCGGCCUCAGCCUGACAGCUAAUCGUCAUAUGCUCAGAGCUUUGGCUCAAGCAGGCGGUGGGACGUAUGAAUUUUUUGACACAAAGAUGAAACACACAUGGACAGAGAAGGUGCGUGCUCAGGUUCAGCGGUUGGAGUCUCCCGGCUGCAGAUCAGUGGCAGUGAAAUGGCAGCAAUUUAAUCCCACAGCGCCCCCUCCUGUUCAGGCCCCCUCACAGCUUCACGCUCUCUUCAGUGACUGUCAUACACUCGUGUACGGCUUUGUGCCACACUGUACUCAGGCCAUGCUGUUUGGUGAUCUGAGUGGACAGGAGAUAAAAACAAUGGUGUCAACCACAGAACUUCAAAAGAUAAAAGGAACUUUCCUUCACAAGUUAACAGCCAGAGCGAUCAUCAGAGAUUAUGAAGAUGGCAUACUCGGAAACAGUGAGGCAGAACAUGAGGGAAAGAAAGCAGAGCUGAAGUCUUACAUAACUGAACUCAGUAAAGAGUUCUCCGUCUUGUCUCAGUUCACCAGCUUUGUGGCCAUUGAAGAGAGGGACCAGAAUCAGCUUGACACUGGAUUCACAGAUAUUCCUAAACUAAUCGCAGAAGAGGAUGUGGAUAUUCUGCCUUAUAUGGGCUGGACUGAGGAGAAGCAGACUAAAGAGGUAGAUAUUGAGAAGAGCCUCACUGACAAGUCCUAUUUGAACUGUGUUCUUUUUGAGGAACUGUGCGAUUACGGGUCAUAUGAAAGUGAUGAGUUUGACAGUUAUUGUGGUAUUAUGUCAAGAUCCGACUCAAGCGAUUAUGAAGGUUCUCCCCAGGAAUUCAUUUCUUCGCCACUCGGGGAAGGCGGUAUAUAUGAAAGUAUCUCACACUCAGCGGAUGUCUAUGAAGACAUAGCAAAAAGAAAUGUAAUUGAUGACUCUGUUCUCUUAAUGGAGAAAGAGAGUUCCCGUAUUACCUGUCAAGGAGACUACCCGUCCUCUCUGCAUCCCCCACCUCAUCUUCUUCUGGAUGCCCCAUUUUCUGUGUGUGAAAAUGCCAGAAGAACUGUGCCAAACUCCAUGAAUCUUUAUGCUUUACCUCAGGAUCCUGUCUUUGGGGCUUCUCUUUCAUCUUUUGAUGUUGGGGCUUCUCCUCCAGCUCCUCUCGCAGCGGCUUCUCCACCAGCUUGUUAUGCUGCCACUUCUCCUCUGCCUCCUUCAUUUGGGGUUUCUCCUCCAGCUCGUCUUGCUAAGGCUUCUCCUCUAGCUUUUUUUACAGCAGCUUCUUCUUCACCUCCUCAAUUUGGGGCUUCACCUCCAGCUCCUUCUUUAGGAGGUCCUCCUCUGGCUUCUCUUGCAAGGGCUUUUCCUACAGCUCCUCUGCUUGCAGAUUCUCCACCAUCUUCUUUCAUUGGGGCAUCUCCUCCGGUUGGUGCAAGGAGAGAUUUUUCCCUAAAAGAAAGGCCCCUUCCUCCACCUCCUACCAUUCGUUCUGCUGCUUCUCUUCCUCCUCCUCCUCCACCACCUCAUUCCUUUCGAUCAGUACCAUGUUACAGGAAAAUGUCAGCUGCUGUCUCUGAACAGCCAUGGGAUUUAUCAAGCCCUGAAAUCAGACCUUCAUCGGGGAGCUGCUUAAGAAAAAGCAUCAUCUCUUCUGCACCCGCUUCAGGCAGAGCUAUGAAAAUGAAAUCAGUACCCCUUAUAGAAAGUUUAAGGUUAAUGUCAUUCAUGCAAGUAAGACGAAGAUCACUUGAGGACACAGUGGACUGGGAUGAGCUGUUUCAGCUUCAACAUGAGGAUGGAUACUGGGAAUGCACUGGGAGUCUCAGUAGCUUCCUCAAACUGGACGUAGACUUCUUUGCCAAUGUCUUCCUUAAAGAGAAAGGCAUUUGUUCACUGGGUGCAAAGGCUCAUGCAGAUAUUUUGAGAUUGGUGGCCACUCUGUUGGUACUGCAGCUGAUUCGAGUAAAGAAGUCAGCCGAGGGGAAGCUGCUUCAGUCUCUCUUCUCUCUGAAAGACUCUGAGGGUCCCAGGCCAAUGCACUGGGAGGCUGUGAAGAAAGCAGUGGACUGGGCUUGCUGGGCAGAUAAACAAUAUCCAUGUGUGUGCAGCAGACUGGAGUUCGGCUGGGAUUGGGAAUCAUCCACACGCCAGUUACUGGGCUGUGAUUCACCACUUCCAUACUCUCCACUCAUAUCUGUUCUGGAAAGGCGUGUGGGCUUUUAGUUACUGGACCUGGACUUUUCGUUUAUAUUUGUUGUUGAACUGUAAUGAAAUGUAAACUCUGUAGUGGUGUCUGCCACGUUUAUAAUUUCAUAGUGCCUAAAAACAUAUUAAAGCAUAGUUUUACACUUUAACACACCAUAAUUUCAAUUGCAUAUGACUUCUGUGUAACACAAAAGGAUAUAAUGUGGCCUGUACUUUUCCAUGCAUUUAAAAUAAAUGAUAACUGGAGCUUUAAGGCUCUAGAACUAUAAAAGUAAAAUGUUGUGAAGUCAUAUCAUGGGUUUGUGUGUGGAACUGUCAGGUUCCUAGUCUGUUCUAUUAUCUGUUAUCCCCAUCAGUA